CCGAACAGACGUUUUUCAGUUUUUGGGAAAUAAACAACGCGCGCUCCGUUGUUUACGAUUAAAAAAACAUAAAUAUAUAUAUUGCCGAGGAUUCAUACUUGCGGUUCUUGUAAAGGACUUAUUUACUGAUUUCAGAUCAAUUUCGCUUGAAAUAUUUCCUAGUUUUGUGCAAUUUUCGGAAGUUGCGCUUAAAAUACGUAAAACCAAAACAAGAACGGAAAUAGUUAAUAACAAAGUGCAGUGUGAAUAGAUAGUGUAAAUUUAAUGUGGCAGCAGUAGCAACCUUCAACAACUUCAGCACCAACAACACCAACAGAUUGUGCAACCUGCAACUUGCAACACACAGGCAACAAAACGGCGUUUCUACCGCAGCGUCGCCUCUUCGGGGGCGGCAAUGUGCCCCCCUCGACGACCAUGAAGCACCAGCCGCCGCCCCCGCCACUCCCCCUCAGCCAGCCGCCCCUGAUGGGCGGUUCAGUGGCUGGGGGCGUGGCCAGUGCCAUCAGCAGCAUCAACGGCAGCAACAGCAGCAUCAUCAACAACAAUAACAACAACAACAGCGAGACGGUUAAAUGUCGUCCACCCAUUUACCCCAAACCUAAAACGCCCUCGUUCGACAAGGAUCGGGAUUACAUAGGCUUCGCCACCCUACCAGAGCAAGUGCACCGGAAGUCGGUGAAGCGGGGCUUCGAGUUCACCCUGAUGGUGGUCGGCGAGUCGGGGCUGGGCAAGUCCACCCUGAUCAACAGCCUCUUCCUGGGGGAUCUUUACAAGAACCGGCAGAUGCCCAAUGUGGAGGAGCGGAUCGAGAAGACGACGAAGGUGGAGAAGAAGACAAUGGACAUCGAGGAGCGGGGCGUCCGACUUCGGCUGACGGUGGUGGACACCCCGGGAUUCGGGGAUGCCAUCAACUGCGAGGACAGCUGGCGGGUGUGCACCCAGUACAUCGACGAGCAGUUCCGCCAGUACUUCACCGACGAGAGCGGACUCAAUCGACGCAACAUCCAGGAUAACCGGGUGCACUGCUGCCUCUACUUCGUCCCGCCAUGGGGCCACAGCCUGCGACAGAUGGACCUCGACUUGAUCCGACGGCUGCACCGCAAGGUGAACAUCGUGCUGGUGAUCGGCAAGGCCGACUGUCUCAACAAGCAGGAGGUGCGCAAGCUGAAGGAGCGCAUCCUGCAGGACCUGGAGGACAACCACAUCCAGCUGUACCAGUUCCCCGAGUGCGAUUCCGACGAGGACGACGACUUCAAGCAGCAGGAUCGCGAGCUGAAGGCCUCCAUCCCGUUCGCCGUGGUCGGCAGCAAUACCAUUUUGGAGGUGGCCGGCAAGAAGGUGCGGGGUCGUCAGUAUCCGUGGGGCGUGGUCAACGUGGAGGACCCGGAGCACAGCGACUUCAUCAAGCUGCGCACCUUCUUGAUAUCCACGCACAUGCAGGACCUCAAGGACACCACGCAGGACGUGCACUACGAGAACUUCCGGGCGCAGUGCAUCUCACAGAUUUCGCAGCACGCGCUCCGUGAGCGUGGGAAAUUGAAGCGGGACUCGAUUAGCUCGACCAACGGAUUCGAUGCGGCCAUCUCGGAAACGGACAGGCUGCUCCUGCAGAAGGACGAGGAGAUACGGAGGAUGCAGGACAUGCUCACCCAGAUGCAGGAGAAGCUCAAGCAGACCCAUCUCAUGGAGAUGAAGAAGAACGACAGCGUGAUCGACGUCUAGGGAACGGGACGGGGAACGUGUUCAAUUUUGCACCGCGAUAUAUGCAUCUACCUAAUAUAUAGGACCCACAUGGUGACCCAGAGACAUCCUGGAGCAGCUGCAACCAAAUCGACUUUGUUCAUAAGCUAGCACAGACUUUUUAGAAACCACAUUGGAUUUACAAGAUAAAACAACCAAAAAAUAAGACAACGACUCCCCGAAGCACAAAGAAAUCGGACAAAAAAAAAA